UCCGUUCCGCCAUAUUUCAAAGCGGUUAUCGUGCUUCGAAAAUUUGAAAGUGUUAAAAUGUUUCCGUAAAACAUAUAUGACUGUGGUUGAAUGUAUGCCUUCUACGACUGUAAUACAUUCAGAACUGAAUAAGUGCAUACUUUUAUGACAUUAUAUUAGCUCUCAGUGUUCUGAACAAGAGGUUUUCUUUUCAUGAAUUGUUCAAACAGGAGGUAUCUUUUAUUUAUAAGUUCAAAUAGGGAUGUGACCAUCAUGUAUGUAUGUACAUAGUCUUGGAACAUAUUGUCUUGCACGCACACAGAUGCACACACAUUCACGCUCACAAACGUGCAUUCCCAGAAGAGCCAAUGGAAACUGCCAGUGAUAAUACCCUAGCUGAAAGGCUUAGAAGAGAAGAUCCAGAACAGUUUCACACUUUAGUCAGGAUGCAUUUAUCAUUUGUUUUGGACCUCAGUACUGAUGACUGUUUGUCUGAAUCGCAUGCCUCCAACAUCCACUGUCCUGGCACCAUGUUGCAUGUGCUCUUUUGUAUAUGCAAGGAGUCUUGUAGCUGUGUGAAGCCAUUACGAACUAAUAAAAGUCAGCAGCAUGCUAGCAUCAUAGAACUCGAACGUUGUGAGUGUGCCUCGGAAAAGGCUAGAUCCCGCCUGCAGAAAUGGGGGUUUGUACCAUUUUCCAAGAAAGGGAAGUGUGCUGUGAAAGGAGUAAUGGAGGGUGCUCCACUUACACAGGAAGGCAUUUGUCAAGUCUACCAACUUAUUGACUUCCUCAGCAAGGAGCAAAACAUCUGUCAGGAAGGAAUCUUCCGACGCAGUGGAAAAAUGACACGUCAGCAAGAACUGAAAUCAUUUCUAAAUCAAGGAAUGCCUCUGAACCUGGACGAUGGCCAUUUUUCAGUACAUGAUUGUGCUUCUGUGCUGAAAAACUUUCUGGCAGAACUUCCUGAAUCUUUGCUCACCGAUGCUCACUAUCCAGCAUAUUGUCAGAUAGCAGAAAUGUGUGGAGGUACAUCAGGCUCCUCGGAUGAACCAGGCAAUCAGAACAGGGAAAGCCGUUUGUUGAGAGCUUUGCAGCUGUUGUUUUUGCUGCUUCCAACAGAGAAUCGCAUCUUACUGAAAGACAUUCUGAGGUUACUGCAUUUAACAGCGAAGCAUGAGGGAAAGAAUAAGAUGUCUGCUGACAGUUUGGCAACACUCUUUACGCCACAUCUACUUUGCCCACGCAAGCUCAGUCCUGAAGCUAUUCAUCUUAACUCACAGACAAUGUCAAGGGUGAUAGCUUUUAUGAUUCAGCAAGGGACAACAUUGUUCAACAUUCCACCAAAACUUGCAACUGACAUUCGUGCAUAUUUGGCUGAGAGGGAGAGGAGGAGACUGUCACCAAAGAAAGAGCUGAGUGAGAGUGUCUGCGAUGGGACAGCAGCUAACACCAUAUUCAGUUUUGUGGACCGAGAGCGCACAGCCCUGGCACAUGUUGCUAACCCUACAGAGGCAGCUUUAGCACAGCUCUAUGCACAUAUCCAGUCUAUGCCUGAGUCGUCUAAGAAAAAGAAACUCAUCAAACAGUUUAACAAGGAGAAUGGUCAUGGCACACCACUACAAGUUAAUAUGAGGCGGAAAAACCAUCUGAGGAGCAAGAGCCUUGGGGAUUCCAUUAAAAAGCACAUAUUCCACAAAGGAACAAAACAGAAAAGUGACAACACUCAAAGUCAAUUCAGUGGAUCGCAUUCCCUAAGCCAUGAAGUGCUAAAUAAACCAGGAACAUGUAUGAGGUUAUUUCAAAAGAGCAUGGAUGAAGACUCGCGAUCAUGUGGUGACAAAGAUGAAAUGUCAAGAAUAUGCAAGUCACCUUUAAGUAGUACCGAUUGUGUUGUUCUUCAGCUUCAAUGUAGUAUGCUGAAUAACUCCAAGCGUGAAAAGCAUUCAGAUUCCUCCAGCAACAAAGAUACAGCUCCUGAUGGAACUGAAAUUGCUGCCAGGGAACAAAUUUUGCAAAACUUGGCAAGCCAGAUCGCUGCAAACCAUCAUGAGGACAAGACAAAUAAACUCCUUUCUGGUUCUGCUUUAGGAUCGAGGAAGAGGGUGUCAUCUUCCAGUUUAGAGUCAUCAUGUGAGAAUGGGCUGUCACCGCCCAAGGCUUCCUGCUGUUCUGCAGACCCCAACUUGCCUUCCUUGUCCCAUACUCCAUCCACACCUUGCCAGUCAAUGUGCAGGAAUGAAGGUACAAACAUAUGGCCUGUGAGUAAUCCUGCUACUGCUUUGCCAUCCUCGUGUUGUGAUCGUUCUGUUGACUGUCAAAUUGCUUUGCCUGGCUUCUUCUCCCCGCAACCUCCUCUGGGACACACUAACAACAGACUAACUCCUCGGAAUACUCUGACUUAUUUCCUGACUACGAGCACUCCGGCGUCUCAGUCCCGACUGAGAAUGCCCUCCAGUACUAGAGGCCCAAUUGAUGCUAACCACAGUAGCUGCCUGCUUACCCCGAUAGCUGAUGACAAUAGUUCUAUGUCACCCAUUACCAGAUCCACACAGAAAAUGUCCAAAGCUAUGCAGGAAACGAUGAUGACACCCAGAAGCAGAAAGCCUGUGGUUCUGGUAUCAGGGUCCAACUUAUGUCAUUUGGCAAACAUUAGCACAUUGGAAGCAAACCAGAAACAGUUUUGCGAGGAAGGAAUUGGUGAUAGCUGCAACUCAGUUGCAGAAGACGUUGAGAAUGUAAAUAAGGAAGACUGCUCAGUGGGUAGCUGCAAUAUUAGCUACAGUGUGGAAAAUAAUGCUGUGAAAACCUUAGCCAGUAAUGCCAAGAGUUCCCAGGCACAGAGAGAUGACGCAGAAAAUGUGGAUAUGAAGACUGAAGAGAUCUGGUCUGCAGUUAGCCAGGACACGGCUAAUGACAGUGGCUCACUGACAAGCACUUUCAGGUCCUAUCUCCUGAAUCGCAGCGUACUUACAGCAAGUCCAGUGGAUCUGAGCUUUUCAAGUCGAACAGGAGACUUUGAUACAUCAGAAAGCAACAAUGAGAAGAAGAUUUUGGAAAGAGAAAUGCUAAGUAGUUCUCUGUUAUACUGCCUCGAUGGUAACCAUUUAUCCACUUCUGGUGAGACUGGUGAAGAGGUAAAUGAUCUGUAUGGCAGUUGCUCUGAUGGCCUGAUGGAACAAUCAGCACACGUGGCAUCCACAGAAAUGGGUACUAAUUCACAAUCUCAUACAAGUGAAGAAGACAAUAGGAAGAUAUGUGAUAUAAAAUCUUCCAGGGUAGCUUUAAUGUCAAACUCAAAACAACUUUGUAAAAAGGUGAUACAUGAAACUUCCCUCUGACAAGACUUGCCAGUAUUUUCUAGUAAAGAACCAGUAAAACUUCAGAGGUAUUAGACUGACAUAUGCCAACAUGUAAGAUACAGUACUAGUACUCGUAUUUUUUACCAGUACUGGUUUGAUAUUUGUUUUUAAUGUACCUUAUAUUUUUAUUCUUUCAGUUCUGUCUUCCACAUUAACUUAUACUGUACUGUGUCUUGGGAUUAUAUGGUUUUAUUUGAAAAGACUGCAUUUGUUUUUGACAUUACAUUACCAAAAGAUUCAUAUUUCUUCAGUAUAACAUGCUCUGUCACCUUAGACUGGUUAUUGAUUUUACAUCCGUUAACUGUAAUGCUUAAAUAUGACUGCCAACACAUUGCACAAAUUAAAUAAAACUAAAAUUUAACCAGA